AUGAGGAGAGCAGGGGAGACGCGGCCUUGUGCUGCGUUCCCUGCUUUCGCACGGAGGAAAACGAUUCUCCUGUUCGGCUGGCAGCGACGAAGCGCCAGUUCUUCGGCGCCCCAGCGCCCUCUUUGUCAAGCUGCACUUCGAAGUCCACAUCUGGCAUUUGCCGCUUCUCUCCAUCCCCUCUCUGGCGUUGUGUUCCCCUUGCGGAGCUCCUCCACUCGCCAUAAGGACUCGACCGCUUCGCCCAGCCAGCUACGUCGUCCUUCUCCUCAGUGUCGGGAUUCGAGUUCUUCGUCUUGUGCUUCUCCUUGUUCUUCUUCGUCUCGCGAGUCUUGUGUUUCUUCUUCUUCUCCUUCUUCUUUUUCUGCUUCGCGUUGGUCUGUUUUGUGGGGCCUUGCGCCUGGUCUCUCGCGUUGUAUUUCUGUGUUUACGCAAGUGUCUCGGCGGCGUUUCUGCGCCUCGCCUUUCUCUUCGUCUUUUUCUCCUCGCUUUCCUUCCUCUGCCGCUUCUAUUCCGCCACACAUGACGUCUCUGCCGCGGUCGACUUGGACGUCUGUCUCGCCUGACGCGUCUGUGUCGUCUCGCGCUGCCUCAUCCCUGUUGCUCGCGCCGCAGGCAGCGCGAGCUUUCCUGGAGGAGGCCGCGGCCGCCGGAGAGACAGGCGCCACUGGUCCCCUUUCGAGCGAGGCGCAGGUGCCGCAGGACGCGAGUUUCAGGCGCUGCGCGCGGCACCGAGCAGCGGACAGAGAGACGGCCGCGAAGAGUGGAAAAGAGUCCUGGUCUUCGUCGCGAAACGCCGAAACAAAUGAAGAGCAAGAAGCCGGCGCCUCUUUCCGUGAGGCUCCUGGGAGAGACAUAGUGCGAGAGACAGAGAGAGACACAGGGCAAGAGGCGGAGGCCUCAGGGCGGCUGGAGAAAAGAGCGAAAGAGAAGAAAGGAAGACCGAGGGGGGUGAAGGCUUUGGGGGCGCAAGAAGGAGAGAGAAGCGAUGCAGUCCUGGAGAGGAGGAUUGAGAAGACAGAGGGACAAUCUGUUAGGAAGAAAGAACCAUGCAGAGAAAGCGCGGCCAAAACAGGAGAACUUCAUGCACAAGAGUUGAGACUGGAAGGAGAAAAGGACGUUCGUCGGAAGAAGCGGACGCGAAGCAACGCAGGGAGCACGAAAGGCUCAUCUGAGAAAGGAGACUUGGCGGAUGGAAACGCGAAAACGCAGGAAGUGACAGGCACCUCAGAUCUUCGUCAACGAAAAGCCGAGGCUCUGUGGCGAGAGAUUCUCGCUCUCCCUGACGCUGAGGCUCGAAGCGAGGCCAUCAAGGCCUUCCCUCCCUUAACCGUACUGACGCCAAGUGCACAAAGGAUCGAAAGACGCCGUCGUGAAUCCGUGUCAUCCUCGACCUCGUCUUCUUGCUCGUCCUCUUCUUGCUCGUCCUCUUCUUGCUCGUCCUCUUCUUCCUCUCGCUCAUCGUCUGUCUCUCGUUCCAUUUCUGAAGCGCAAGGAGGUCCUAGACGGUACCGGGUGUCGGCGUCGAUGUUCCGUAACCUGACUCUUGCAGCUAGCGAGCACCUGCAUGCGUCUCACGAGGCGCUGACGCAUCUGGCCAACGCGUUCGCUAUCGCAGGUCGACAGCAUCUGCAAGGCGCAUCCUCUGGGAAGAGUGGAGCAGAGGCGGCUGGAGAAGGCGACAGCCGCUCGCGAGACGAAAUUCUCUUUGCCUUUGUCAAGCGGGGGCUCUUGGCGGAGGCUCACGAUUUAACUGCUCGCCUCGGAGCGAGUUUGCUGCAUGCGCGCUGGCUGGACGGCGCAGAAGCCGUUCUCUCCGACUACAAUUCUCAGCAGCGAGUUGGAACGCUUCACCACGCGGCGCCGUGGAGAGGCUCCCGCGAGUCGUACUUCCUUCUGUUUCUGAUCGACGAGGCGGCAGAAGCGAGUGACAGGAGGAGCAGCAGCCCCUCCGAAGCUUGCCGGCAACCGUCCGCGGUGCGCAAGUCCUUCUUGCCAGAACUCGCCGUGAGCGACGCGAGACAGAAGCAGAUUGACGGCGAGAGAGAGGGAACGCCUCGUCUGUCUUGCCCGAGGGGAGACGCGCCGCCAGUUGCCGCGUUGACUGGAACCGCAGGAGACAGUGUCGGCGAUGACGAGACUCUGCGAUUUUGGCUGGAAGGCAGAAGAGAAAGCAGUCCGGAGACAGGCGUCGACGCGGGGCGCGGCUCCGGCUGGAAAGAGGAAAGAACUCCGAGGAGAGACACUCCAGAAGGUUCAGAGAGAACGGCGAAGACCACUGCGGAGCGUAUUGGGUGGGAAGGCUUCAGAAGUCCUGGCAUGAGUGCAUGGCCCAGCGACGGAGAGAGACGAGCAGGAAGAAACGCGGAGAGCACAGACGGCGAACAACUGUGGCAUCGCUUCGUUCGUUGGAGAAAGGACAUGAGCAAACCGAGGAACGCAGACGACGCAGAGCGACCGGGGAAGUUGCCGCCUCUGCAUGCAUGCACUUUUCUGGGGCGGCGAGUGAAGACCGUUUCCUUUUCAGAGUCUUCGAGUGUGUGCCUCACACCGCUUUUGCCUUCGCCGGACUUGAACGUUGAGAUCUUCGACCCGUCAGCUGGUCUCGGGAAGGUCGCGAGCUUCAAACGGCAGCUUGGUUCGCGAGUCGCCGCGUCGAGACGAGGUCACACCGCAGAGAUGCUUCAGACAACGCCUCCGACGAGUCUGCCUGGAUGCCGCCUCGGCGGCGACACCCGAGGCGAGAGGCGAAGCGAAGACAUCACGUUGGAUUCGGCCAACAGAGACGAAAGAGACAACACCGUCGACCUCAACUCCACAUCUGCCUCAGAUCUCCCCCCCGACAGGUGCCUCUCCUCGUCGAUGCUUUGUCCUUCUUCCUCUCCUCUUUCUUGGUCAACUUCUUCCUGUGACGCUCCUUCCACCUCAUCGCAGGUGAAUGGGGAGACAUCCGCAGGAGGACAGCAGGGAUUCGAGGACCGGGACUGGUGUCUCCUGUCUGCCAGCACAGACGCACGAUGCUGGGUCGUGCCUCUCUGCGCGGUUAUUCCCUCACUCACAGAGCAGACGAUGCGGGUACUGCUGCGUUUGCCUGAGAUGCUGGAGGAGGAAAGAGAAGAAGGACGUCGCAGGCUGUUGGACGCAGAGCGGACGCCUGCAGAGAGGACAGAGGAGACCGUCCAGGGAGACGAUCGGGAGAGUGUACACCUUCGCGAGACCUCCAAUGAGGCCUCUCAGAGAGACGCUGAAGAAGGGCAAGGAGACACAGAGGCGAGCCUCGUGGAGACCCGCGGCGGAGGCUCAGAUGGAGGCUGGCGGCCGGAGCGCGCAAGGGAUGAGAGAGACAUUCAAGCCGGAGGGGAGACCAGAGAGCGUUCACAAAGACAGACAUGUGCAGAUGUCGAGGAGGGACAGCUGCAGGCAGACGAAGCUGGAAAGAAGCGAGACGGAGGAAAAACGAAGAAGCACCCGCUUCGCCGGGACAGCGCAGAGGGCAAGAGUCGCAAGAAGCGACAGGCGGCUUUUGGAAAACUCACAGGAACGAAGGAGAAGUCAGGUCGGGAAAUCAACUAUGCCUUACUUCUUGCAUGCACGCCGCCAGCAUCUGCUUCUCUUUGCCCUCCGGCACUCGCAGGCGACUCUCCAGCGCUCUCGCGCCGCAUGCAGUCUCCGUCAGGCGCCGUUGAAGCCUAUCAGAAGGAUCAUCACCUCGCAGCUUCUCUCUUGGCCUUUUCACCUUCGCCUCUGUCUCCGUUUCGUCCACCUUCUGCUUCUCCUUCGCUUCUCUCUGCUGCAAGCCUCGCUGGUGACAGAGAGGUGAGGCAUGCAACACCCAGCUCGAACAUGGACUCCCCUGUCGUCGACGGAGCGACUUUCCCCGAAAAGAAGACAGACGGGUGCUCCUUGUCUCUGUCUUCACCAGAAAAGGGAGCUACGCCUCUUCCUUUGGAGGAGGUCUUAUCGUCUCUCUUCCCCUUUCUCACCGCCAGUCAGAGAAACGUCGUCUGUUCUGUCUUGCGGUCUCCAGCGCCUGUCGUCCUUGUUCAGGGACCGCCAGGCACGGGGAAAACUCUCGUCGCUGCAUGCAUUUUGAGUCUCUGGGCCGCUGGACUGGACGGCGAGACAGCGUCGCCGAUUUUCGCGGGGGCAGGGACGCAUGCAGCCGUCGAUGCGCUUCGAACAAAGUUGAACAAUCUAGGCGUCAGGUCGCACGCUCUCGGAGUCCUCGAGCGAAAAGGCGACUUCAUGCCCGCGUCGGGAGGCUCGUUUUCCCCCUACUCGCCGCGCCGCAGUUCUGAGCUCGGUGGAUCGGAGACGCAGACGCUCGCCUAUCGCCAGCGCGUUCCAGUCUUCAUUGACACCGUCUAUCAGGGCAAGAAUCUCCGCAGAAUCGCGCCGCGCCGCAUCCUGAUCGAUGAGGCCUCUCAGAUCACCGAAUUCCGGAGUUUGAUUGUUCUCGCGCAAACCAAGUGCACAAAGCUCGUUCUCGUGGGCGAUCCGGCGCAGAUUUCUGGGCAGAGCAUGCAAGCAGGUCCCAUCGCGGUUCGCUCCGCCUUCGACAGCUUCCUAACGCAAAGCGCGCUACCACAGUUUUUUCUUCUCGACACACAGUUCCGCAUGCCUGGGAGCAUGUGCGAAAUGAUUUCUUCUCUCUUUUACCAAGGCCUUUUGAAGACCCACCAAUCCGUCUUCUCGCGUCCAGCUGACCUCUCUCCCUCUAUUCCUUGGCCAAAGAGAAAUCGAACUUCUCGCUCUCUCCUUCCGCCUCCUUCUCCGUCCAAUGAUUCGCCUUCUUCUCUUUCUCCUUCGUCGGUCUCUUCUUCUCUUUCUCCUUCGUCGGUCUCUUCUUCUCUUUCUCCUUCUUUGGCGUUUGCACCUUCCGCCAGCCACGACUACGCCGGCGUCGACAGCGCGGUCCCCCUCCUGGUGAUUGAUACCGGUCCUGCUCGUCUCUCUCCCUCUCCUUCUCUCUCUCCUUCUGUCUCUUCUUCUCCCUCUUCUUCUGUCUCUUCUUCUCUCUCGUCCUCUUUGAGGGCCGCGUCAGGCGCUGCUGGUGCGUUGAGCUGGUCGGAGAGGCAGUGGGAUUUGAGGGAGAUCAUCGACCGAGACGAUGGCGACGUGGUGGAUCUUCUCCGGGAAGACCAAGCGACAUGCUCGCGCAUGCAGCGGCGACAAGGCCUCCUCAAAGAGGGCCAGGAGACAGCAGGCAGGUCUGCUUCCCUGCACACCGAAGGCAGUGUCUGGCUGUCCUACUACAACGCUGCGGAGGCACUCCUCACAGUUCGCUGCACUUCGCUGCUCCUGCGCGACGGUGUAGCGCCAGAGGCCAUUGGAGUGAUCAGUCCUUACCUCUGUCAACUUGCCCUUCUUGAGCGCAUCCUCGGACGGAAGGCCUACCGACGCGUCAGUCGCCAAGAGAAGGCGUUCGACGGCCGCAUGCAUCCCAGGACGGCGCCCAGCGACAAAGUUCUUCUUUCCACUGUGGACUCCUUUCAAGGCGGCGAGAAGGACUACAUCAUCUUCACUUGUGUCAGGAGCAAUCCUGCGGGCGCUGUUGGCUUCUUGGCGGACUGGAGACGAUUGAAUGUUGCUUUUUCGCGAGCGCGAAAAGGUCUCAUUGUGAUCGGGCACUCUGUCACUCUUCGACAGGAUCCGACGUUAGAUGCACUGUUUCAUUUUGCCCGAAAGUUGCAUGCAGUGGUCCCCGUGGAUCACCCAUCCCUCGAUGCCAUCACAGAAGGCAUCUGGCCGCCGCCUUCUUGCAUUUGAGAAGCUGUCGAUGCGGCGCUGGAGCAGCAGAUCGUGACAAUGGCGGCAAGCGUGAGAUCUGUUGCGGAUAAGAAACGCUGUGUCGUUCACGACAGGCACCGUUGUAGCGCGUCCUGCCUUUUUUUUGAUGCCUCUACUACA